AUGUCGUCUUCGCCAAGAAAAUUGUCGAUUCAGCGCCCGGCGUCGGCCCUGGCCAAGCCGUCCUCAGUCCUUGAUUACCAAAACGCGCGCCAGCCCGUUGCUCUGCCCACGCCGCCACCCAGUGCCCGGAGCACCAAGUCGGCGUCCAACCGGAGCGAGCGCCGCCGGAGUCUACCUGCCCAAGCACCGUCCUCGUCAGGAUCGGCCGUGUCGACGCCCAUCGAUGCGUAUGCUUACGCCUUGGCCAAACAACCAGACGAACUGGUGCAUCUCGACAUCAGUGGGACAUUGUACGAGCGGCGGCGUUCGAGCGGGCCCAUGUCGCCGACCAUGUCGAUGAGCAGUGUGCAGAGUGCGACCUCGGAGCGUGGCUACGAGCGGAACAGCCGCGGCGACCGAGGGCGCGACCGAGACGGUGAGCAGGCACGGACGCGCAGCAUUGCCAGCAGCGCAGAGGAGACGCUGUCGAUCCACCGGCUGCGCAGCAACUCGGGCCUGGCACUGCACACCAACAGUGCUGCGCUGCGGCGGUACACGGACUACAAUGCAGACGGUUCAACACGGCUGCCACCGACAGACGAGCGCUUCGACUCGGACGGACGAUUCGGAGAGGAGACGGGGGAUGGCGGCAACCGGGCACCGGGCGCCGUGGCAGGGACACCGACAACUCCGAAGCUUCUCUCGUGGGAGACGGUCCGUGCGGUGCUCGACGACCCUGUGGCGCGGCAGCGACUGAUGGAGUACACACGCUCUGUUGGCGGCGCCGAGAACCUCGACUUUUUGGAGAUGGUCGAGCAAUACAACAAGGCGCUGCAUAGCGUCACGGCCCUCAUGGCCAACAUCUCGACCACGUACACAUGCAUGACGGCGACCGAGCCCCUGAACCUCCCGCAGCCGCUGUCCAAAUCGCUCAACGCCGACGUCAAGCACGUGUCCAAAUCGAUCCUGCCUGGUCUUGAGAUGCUCUUCGGCGACGUCAAUGCACACAUUCAGGAGCGCGUUGUGCGCAACAUGUACCCAGACUUUGUCAAGCGCCAGCUCAUGUUCCGCAUGAAGAAUUCGCUGGGCGCCUCGUCGGCGGGUGCGGCCAGUACGCCCUUCCGCUUCGAGGGUCUGGGCCAGGCGUUUUGUUUGACGGACCCGUACCGCCCAGACAACCCGGUCGUGUACGCAUCCGACAGCUUCGCCAAAGUAUUGGGAUACAACCGGUCGGAGGACAUCCCACGAACGGGCCGCUUCUUCCGUGGACCUGAAGUGAGCAACGAGGAUGCCUUUUGUGAGGAUUUGGUGCUCACACGCAAUCACCGCGACAACCGGCCGUUCUGGAGUCUGGUGUCGGGUUGCCCCCUGAAGACAGCCAGUGGUCGCGUGCGGUUUGUGCUUUCUGGACUGGUGGAUGUGACGGACGCCGUCAAGACGCGAGGGGAUAUUGUCAGUGCGUUGUCGGCUGCGGCGCCGGCUGCUCUUCAGCCCGCGCCCAGCCACGGACUGACCAUGCCGGUCCACCGCGACGUCAACCGCCCAAUGGGCACGAUUACGGCCUCGCACGUCGCGUCCGGUCGCCCGCCGCUUUCCAAGCAGGACAGGACGGAAAAGCCAUUGUCCAAGUCGUUCUUCAACCCCUUCUCGCGCAAGAAGCGGACCGACACGUCGGCGGCUCCAUCAUCACGAGGCGAGUCGGCGGCCCGUUUCAACCUUGGUAGUGACGUGGUCUCUCGUUCGACGCCGCCGGUUCAGUCGCCGAUGACGACGGCAGCAGCACCGCAAAUCAACCUUUCACCACCCGCCACACCCUCUCUCGACGACACGACGUCCAUGUACGCACGGUUUAUGGUGCUGCAAUUCGUGCCCGGCUCCAGCCACGGUCCGGACUACAGCAACCCCAUGCCACCACCGCUGUCGUCAUCGUCUCGGCGCAACAGCCGCUACGGCUCCAGUGCAGGCGUCACGUCCGCCCUGCACCCUUCCGCGUCCGCCUCCGUCAGCCGCCUCAAGGUUGCCUUUUCGUCGCUGCCCAUGCUGGACCUGUUGGGUCUGGGCCCGGCGGCUCAAGAAGCCGUCAUGUACCACGACGUGUUUGCCGUGCUCUCCGAACUGGCCGGCUCGCCGUCGAUCACGCCCGUGUUCCGCGCGAACGUGCGCCAGCGGGUGGUGACCUCCGAGUCGGCCAGCCUGGAGCUGAGCAUCCCCGCCAGUGGUGUGAUGGCGCCGGGUGCUGUGUCGGCGGGACUGGGCGCGGGUCUCGCGUCGCCGGCGAAUGCGAGCGGCGGCGGCGGCGACGAGUCCGGCGCGAGCACGGCGUCGCGGCGGUCCAGUCUGCUGCUGAGCGGAGGUCGGUCGAAGCGGGACUCCAUGGAUGACGAGGGCAUGUCGUCGUGGGACGGCAGCCGCGUGUCCGACGGGCGGUGGCCGCCGUCAAGCCGGCGCAAGCGGAGUGGCACGUACGAGCGGCCCGGGACCGGGUCGGGCGAGCGUCGUGGUGGUGGUGUUUCUGCGCCUCCCCGGCUGCAGCGACUGAUGAGCCACUGGACGCCGCUCAAGGACGUCGACGGGACGGUGGCGUGGGUGAUUUUGGUGAUGUCGCCUGUUGUGCAGUGA